AUGGGCCCGGGCGGCGGCCUUGGGGCUGACCGGGGGGCGGCCCGGGACUGGCCCGCCCGGGCCCUGCGCUCGCCACCCCCGGGGACCCCCUUCCCCGGCCGGCACCGAGAGCUGGACCACCCUGGGCCCCGGACUCCAGGAGCCGGGCCCGCGAGCGUCAAGAGGGAGAAGCAGGCGGAGAGGUUCCCCGAGCCCCGACGGAUGCCGCCCGAGAAGGACAAAGAGAACAUCUUCCGGCGCGCCGAGAGGGCCCGGCGGGCCCGGGCGGCCCCCUCGCCGGCCCCCCUGGGCCCGCAGCUGCCCGUGGCGGCGGGCCACUUCGUGUGCCCCGAGUGCGGGAAGCGCUUCAGCUGGUGGUCGUCGCUGAACAUCCACAGGCGGACCCACACCGGCGAGAAGCCCUACAAGUGCGCCAAGUGCGGCAAGAGCUUCAGCCAGAAGCCCAACCUGGUGCGGCACCAGCGCCACCACACCGGCGAGCGGCCCUUCCGCUGCGCCGAGUGCGAGCGCCGCUUCAGCCAGAAGCAGCACCUGCUCAAGCACCAGAAGACCCACUCCCGCCAGAAGCCGCACCCGUGCCCCGAGUGCCAGCGGAGCUUCCGCCACCCGGCCGCCCUCCGGGCCCACCAGCGGGCCCACGGCCGGGACCGCCGGCCGCCCCGGCCCGACCGCGCGGGGAGCCGCUCGGGGAGGCGGGCGCGCGGGGGCCCCCGGGACGGGCCGCGCGCCCCCCGGGCCGAGGGCGGGGGCCGCAGGCCCGGCCCGGCCCGGCCCCGGCCCGCCCCCGGCCCCCGGCGCCAGUUCAUCUGCAGCGAGUGCGGCAAGAGCUUCACCUGGUGGUCGUCGCUCAGCAUCCACCGGCGCAUCCACACGGGCGAGCGGCCCUACCCCUGCCCCGAGUGCGGCCGGCGCUUCAGCCAGAAGCCCAACCUGACCCGCCACCUGCGCAACCACACGGGCGAGCGGCCCCACGCCUGCGCCGACUGCGGCAGGGGCUUCCGCCAGAAGCAGCACCUGCUCAAGCACCAGCGCACGCACGGCGGCGAGGGGCCCCGCGCCCGCCCCCGCCGCGGGCAGGGCCGCCCCGCCGCGGCGCCGCUCCGGGCCCGCCGGCGGGCCCACGAGCGGCUCCCCGGCGGGGCCGAGCCCCGGGGGGGCCCGGCCCCGGAGGCUCCCGGGCCCCGGCCCGGGGAGCGGGCCCUGAUGGCGGCCGAGCGCCAGUUCAUCUGCAGCGAGUGCGGCAAGAGCUUCUCCUGGUGGUCGGCGCUCACCAUCCACCGGCGCAUCCACACGGGCGAGCGGCCCUACCCCUGCCCCGACUGCGGCCGGCGCUUCAGCCAGAAGCCCAACCUGGUGCGGCACCAGCGCAACCACACGGGCGAGCGGCCCUACCCCUGCCCCGACUGCGGCAGGGGCUUCAGCCAGAAGCAGCACCUGCUCAAGCACCAGCGCGUCCACGGGGCCGGGGGCCGGGCCGCCGCUCCCCCGUCGGCCGUGAAGAGGGAGGGGCCGUAGGGACCCGCGGCGGAAG